AGCACUCCCAGACCACCGGCGCUUUCCGGAACUUACAGUACACACCUCCGACAGUCCGUGGUAGCCUGAAAAAGGGGGAGAGCUGAGCUGGCGGUUAGGAAGCGAUGCCUUCAGCUGACAUCCACAAUAAUAAAUAGCUCUGUCUGGCUCCCAACUUUAGUACAGUUUAUGAACCUGGCCCUGCCUGUUUCAGGACUUCACUUCGCAGACGACACAGGCUUGAUUACUCAUUGCGCAGGGAACCGCUCGUCUCUGUUGUUGGAUUAAGCGACGACAUCGCAAACUCAUCGAUUGAGAGAGGAUGAAGGCUACCUUGGUGAUCGUUUGCCUGCUGGGAAUUGCUUUUGCUAACCCUAUACAUCAGAAAGGUGCCUUAGAAGAAACUGGUCAAGAGGCAAAAACAGUCCACAGCUCCUCAGCAGCGGUGUCUGCGGAACAUGAGUCUGCAGAACGUGAGGGCUCACAAGAAAAUACUUCAGAAACUAAGACCUCAGAGGAAACCAACACAUCCGAAGACAAGACAUCUGAGUCCAGGGACACGACAGAUGAGGACAAGAGUUCAGAAGAGAGUGAAAGCCAUUCUCGUGAAAAGAGUGACUCCGAUGAGGAUGGGGACACCAGAGAUGACAGCAGAGGCAGUGAGGAGAACUUGAGGAAGAGCUGGGUUGGGGUGUUCAAGAUCAACCUGAAGAGCGACGAGGACAGCAGCAUGAGCAACAGCACCAGCAGCAGUGAGGAAGAUUCGCACGCCGUGGACGCCAACACCAGCAACCCGACCAGCAGCUCGGAGAGCCACCAGAGCGAGGGGUCCAGGGAGUGCAGGGAGGGCGAGGACGGCCCGGACUGCCACAGCUCGGAGAGCGAGCAAAGCCAGGAGGGGCGGAGCCUGUCGCGAGAAUGCGCGGACGCGGGGGACAGCAGCCGGGACAGCAGCCGGGACAGCAGCCGCGACUGCAGCCGCAGCAGCGAGGAGCGCUCCUUCGAGGACGACCAGACCCACGACUCCGUUGGCGACAUGCUGACGCUGGACGACGGAGAGAGGGAGCUUCACACGUGGUGACGAGCCCCCGCGUGAGGAACACUGAGCUUCAGGGACACUGGUGCAUUGUGGGUCAUGGCUCACAGCUAACCGCAACCUCCUAUUUAGGCACCAGGACUACAGCAUCCAACCCUAUUUCAGGCAUGGCAGGGCAUUCGGCCCAGGUUGGUCCAGCAGCAGUAUUAAUUGCAGUGCUUAUUCUUUCCUCCUACUCCAAUCGGGUGUUUACUAUUGUGGGAGUUCAAUUUAACCUUGAAAAUAUUGACCUCAGGUACCUUAUUUCAUCUGUGUUGAAGAUGUUAAAAUAUGUAGUCAGUGUUAUUGCUUUGGGAAGCGCCAUGCAUUUGAGUGUACAGUACAUGAAUUAACCAGGAAUGAGCUACAUUGUGGUUACAUUAAAUUACUUGUAUAGUGAUAAACAUGCUCAAUAUUAAAUUAUUUAUUUUCAAUUUAUCAAGUUUUUUUCUGUAAUGUGUAAGGUUAAUUUACCUUUAAUUGAACAUAAUAUGAUAUUCAGAAUGAGCACUGUUAAAAAUUAAUUUUAAAGAACAUCAGACUUAACUAAAAAUCUAUAAGUUAAUCCAUCUUACCCCUCUGUGCUCAUAUUUUUGUGCUUUGAGAAUUUUUAUUUAUUUUCUGUCAUAAAUCCAAAGUGGUUUAUUGGGAAUAGUGUUAUAGGACACAGCUUCUAAGGUACAAUGCUAAGGUACACACCUGCUCUUCUUACUGCCUUCCAGUUUAAAGUGUUCGUAGUUGUUAUAUUCAUCAUUGGCAAAGGCCUUCCUGUUUUAAGGAUAUGGGAGGAUACAGGAAAUUACAUCACCACCCGUGUAAGCACCACAAGCUAUAAAAAUAGACACACGGAUCCAAAAAGGUAAAUAGUAAAUGUUUUGCCUUAAAAAUAUAAAGUGUUAUUAAUGUAUUAUUUCCCUCUACAUACAUGAUGUAAGUGAUGUGAGAUUAUUCAUAUGCAUUAGUACAGAAUAACAGCAUGAUCAAUGCUUUCCUGUGCAUUCAUGUCAGAUGUGCAAAUGAAAUGUAGCUAAUGCAAACUGAAUUUGUGUCUGUGAGUAUUAUAACAUAACUUUAUAGUAUUUAUUUCUACCAUAUUAUAUACAGCAAAAAUAAUACCAAGAAUGCCAAGCAUAUGUAUUUAUUUAAGAAUUGUCAUUAAAAUGUGUUUUAGAUCUGCCACAAUUUGUUUUUGUCAACAAAUUAAAAUGGUAAGCAGCAUGUAUUCAUGUGUUGGGU